AUGAAUAUCGACAAUCGUUAUAGAGAUGAACUAAAAUCUAUUAUUGGCCUGUUUGAGAAUAUUAUUCCAUUACGAUGUCAAUUAGAUCCUCAUUGGUCUUUCCACCAACUACUUGAGCAUGUAGGAGAGACAACAACGAAUAGUAUGAGAUAUUCUUAUUUUCCUCUGCAACGUAUUCUCAAUCAACAUCCAAAUGUAUCAAAACCUGCGUUUCUUGACAUAUCAUUUGAAUUUCUAUCAACUAUGACAAGAAGUGAUAAUAAACUAAUAAUGAUUAGUGAUAGCCAACUUUCUUCCAUACCUUUUACAAUGAAUAUUAAUGAUAAUGAGAUUACAAAUAAGUAUGAUUUCUUACUUAUAAUUCAAUAUGAUCUCAAUAGUAAUCAACUCUCAUGCACAAUCGAUGCAUCACUUGAUUUAUUUAAUGUAGAAACAAUUAAUAAAAUAUCUCAACGAUUUCAUUUAAUCUUAAAUCAGCUAUUUACAUCUGUUGAUAAUCAAAUGAAUAAAUCAAUCUAUGAAAUAUCAUUAACAUUACCAAAUGAAGGAGUACUCAUGCAAUCAAUGAAUAAUACAGAAACAUCAUUGCCUUCUAGUACUUGUAUUCAUCAUACAUUUGUUUGUCAAGUAAUGAAACAUCCACAAAAACUAGCUGUUGAAUUGGAUGAUCAAUCUUUGACAUAUUCUGAAUUGCUAUAUUAUGUUCAAUUAUUAUCUUUGAAUCUUCUCAAAGAAUCUCAUAUCUCUCUAGGUGACGUCAUUUGUCAAUGUGUUGAUCGAAGUUUAUCAAUGGUUAUUGGUAUUAUGGCAAUUGAAAUGGUUGGAGGCGUUUAUUGUCCAUUAUCACCUCGUGAUCCACAGCAUCGCUCAUAUACUCUCAUAAAACAAACAGAAUGUCGUCUUAUUCUUGCUGACUAUCAGACUAAAACGAAAUUUAAUGAUGAUAUUAGCUUACUCAUAUAUGAUUCGGUUCUGGUGAACGAAAACAGAGAAUAUAUUGUUGACAUAAAUCGGUUGUCUGAUGUCUUAGUAACGUGUGAAGAUAUUGCAUACCUUGUUUUUACAAGUGGUUCAACUGGAAUGCCAAAAGGGGCACAAAUUCGUCAUCGAAAUUUGACGGCAUGUAUUGAUUCUCUAGUUUAUAUCAACUUAUUCUCAAACAAAGAUACUAUGAUACAAAUGGCAAGUUGUUCAUAUGAUGUGCAUGUUCAAGAAAUCAUAGGAGCAUUGACUGUUGGUGCUGGCAUUAUAAUGCUUCAUCCCGAGGGAAAUAUGGAUAUUGAAUAUGUAAUCAAUGUAUUGAACAAAAAAGAAAUUUCAUAUCUACAAAGUGUUCCAGCAUAUAUUAACAAUAUGUUAGAGUAUGUGGAAAAGAAUAAUUCUUCAAGCUUGAGUACUUUACGUACUCUUGAUAUUGGUGGAGGUGAGCUGUUUGUAGGAGAAAAAGGUGUUUUUGCUGGAUAUUUUCGACGUGAUGAUUUAUCAGCGAAAGCUUUUAUUGAGAUCAAUGAUGAAUUAUUCUAUCGAACAGGCGAUCUUGUUCGAAUGGAUAACAAUGGUCUUUUUCAUUAUAUCGAUCGAAAAGAUUUUCAAAUCAAACUGCAUGGACAACGAAUUGAACUUGGUGAAAUCGAACAAUGCUUACUUCGCACGUCAAUUUUAGCUUGUGUUGUCAUUAAAUGGGAUGAUGAUCAUCUUGUUGCUUAUGUUCAAAGUUCUGAUCUUAAUGAAAAAGUAUUACGGGAACAUUGUCAAUCACAAUUACCAUCACAUAUGACUCCAUCUCUCUUUAUUAUACUUGAUAAACUACCUUUGAAUGCCAAUGGAAAAAUAGAUCGAAAACUUCUUCCUCCACCUGACAUUUUAUCAUCAGGUACUGCUUAUGAUAGUAAUGAACCAAUUACUAAUCUUGAACAACAACUACAACAAAUUUUCAGACAAGUUCUCCAUAUUGAAUCUUCGCCUAUUGACGUUCCUUUUGGUCAGCUCGGUGGAACAUCAUUAGAUGCUAUCCGUGCCCUUACAUUAAUACGACAACAGGUGUAUAGUAAUAUUGACAUCGGUCUUUUAUUUACGAAUCCAUCGAUUCGACAAUUGGCCAUGGCAAUACAACCUUUGUUGAUUUCAAAUCAAUCACAAGAGACAGUUUCUACCGUUGAUCAGCCGCAUUAA